AUGCUCUGCCUGAGGUGCAGGGCCGUUCCCUCCGCCCUCAGGACAGCUACGUCCUCGAUAACGAAACAAGCCAGCCCUGCGCUCUCUCCCCUCACCUCGCUCUCGCGCGCGUCACAAUCCCGACCCUUCUCCUUCGCAACAUCGACCAUCGUUCCCACACGACCAACCCUCUCGACGCUCCCGAGUCAAUCACAACAGCCCCAAUCACUCGCUCCAGUCACCUCCGCAAUCACCCAGCAAUCCCGCUCGUUUUCUGCUAGUUCCUCUCUAGCUGGUAGGCGCACUACGUACAACCCGUCGCGCCGGGUGCAGAAACGCCGUCAUGGAUUCCUGUCUAGGCUGAGGACUAAGUCCGGGAGGAAGAUUAUUGCCCGGCGGCGGGACAAGGGCCGGAAGAGCAUGAGCUGGUGA